CCACCGAUACUGAACCGGAAAUUCGGCCAUUCCUUGUAGCGACGAGGGACACAAAGACGCAAGUGUUUUGCUUGAUCAUUCAUUCAUUGGUGAAGCCUUAGAAGGUUUACUUGUGCAAAGUAACGUGAAGACACUCGUUCGGACUCGUUGCGAAAAGACGGUCGACGUGCAACUCUGCCUGCCCUGAAUGAGGUAACCUGAUGGACAACAACAUGGAAGAGCGAGCGGGAGAAAGACCUUAUGUAUGCAAUCUGUGUGAUGCUGCUUUCUCUCACAGCACCGGCUUCAGAGAGCACAUGAUACAUCACGCCGACGAGAAACCGUAUAAGUGCGGCCGGUGCGACGCGUCGUUCUCUCAGCGACGCAAUUGGAAGAUACACAAGAGAACUCACACAGGAGAGAAGCCGUACCAGUGCAACGAGUGCGACAUAUCGUUUUCCCAGCGACGCAACCUGAAGACGCACUUAAGAACUCACACCGGAGAGAAACCAUACACAUGCAGUGUGUGUAACGCAGGGUUUUCGCAGGGGCGGAAUUUGAAGACACACAUGAGAAUACACACAGGAGAAAAACCAUUUAAAUGCGAUCUAUGUGAAGAAGCUUUCUCUGAUAAAGGUUUUUUUAAAUCACACAUGAGAACACACACAGAUGAAAAACCGUAUAAAUGCGAUAUAUGUGAGAUGACUUUUUCUGAUAAAAGUAACUUUAAGACCCACAUGAGAACACACACAGAUGAGAAAUUGCAUAAAUGUGAUGUAUGUGAAGCCACUUUCUCUGAUGGAAGUGAGCUUAAGACACACAUGACUUCUCACACAGGAGAGAAACCAUAUAAAUGCGAUCUAUGCGAGAAAACUUUCUUUGAUAGCAGUAAUCUUAAGACUCACAUGAUAACUCACACAGGAGAAAACCCGCAUAGAAGUGAUCAAAGCGAGGCAACUUUCUCUGAUAAAAGUAACCGUGAGAUACAGAUGGUAUCUCACACAGAAGAAAAACUCUACAGAUGCGAUCUUUGUAAUUCGGCCUUUUCUCAGAAACGCAAUUUAAAGACACACAUGUUAACUCACUCGGGGGAAAAACCGUUCAGAUGUGAUCACUGCGAUCAACGGUUUGCUCAGAGACGCAACUUGACGACACACAUGCGAACGCACACGGGAGAGAGACCGUUCAAAUGCGAUCUGUGUAGCGCAGCAUUCGCUCAGCGCCGCAACUUGAAGGCACAUGCCAGAGUUCAUGCAAGUCGGAAUUCAUAGACAUGCUGUAUUAGUCACUUAUUACUGUAACUGAACUCAUUACAAAAAAAUUAACGCACGAUAAGACGCACAGAAGAAAAUCACAGGCAUAAAGCGGUGUGCACAGCGUGGGUCAGGUUUCUCUCUGCUACACACAUGGGGUGGUUCUUUAUGCGCUGUUUUUGGGUAAUGCAGAAGAGUGCGUAUGCUGUCUCAGUGGGAUUGUUAGUCAGGUAACUGGUGUGUAAACACAAUUAUUUAAAAAGUAGAAAACACGAACAUCUGACGUUUCUAAAGAGAUGUAAAAGUGUAUCUAUGAACGUCCAAAGCAUGACGUUCUUUGCUUGUGUUGCAGUCAUCGUAGCUUUAAUCGGUUUAUAUUGGUUAAUAUUGCUCUCGAAUUCGUGUUAUCUUCCUUGUAGUAUCACUAAAUGACGUGUCCACAAGUGUUUGCCACUGCCUCAUUUAUAGUUCAGCUACAGUAUGUAUAUAUUAUAUAUAUAUAGCAGGAUUGUGUGUAAUGAUGCAAUGAUGCCGUUUUAUUGCAAUAUUUAGUGUUAGGAGGGCUCUCUUAUAGGACCUGGUGUAAUUCUAUUCAUGUAGCACUGAACAUUGUAUUACCGUGGGUGUACAACUAUAACACGUAAUUCCUCUUAUUAGUUUAGCAAUAGUUCUAUAUUAGGAAUGAAUAAAAACAAAUCUUUUAUUUGCUUUUAUUCAUGCCUGAUGUCGUGAUGGUUUUGGUGGAGACAGUUACUGAUGAGGUUAGUGACAAAAUAACCUGUAUUUCUCACAGUGUAUUGACGUGCCAUGCCCACUUUGUAUUAUCUUACUACUGUAUGUUUAAUGAAGUCGACUGCUUUUGUAGAAUGUGUAGGAAUUCGUACCGUGUAACACUAUAUUGUGCAUGCACUGAUAUUCUAGUGAUCAUAUUCAUUGAUGGAUUAUUAAUUGUAGAUCUAUAGAAUGAACGUUUGCAUGGUGCUCUGCCCUCUGAACCAGUUAAGUGGCAAAUACCUGGCAUUAACGCUGUUGCUGUGUGUUUCUUGGAGCAUACCAGCAAUAUCUGCACUGUACGUAUAUUAGCUGACAGGUUAUAGUCAGGUAUGGAGCAAGUAGAUUUGCUCUAACAUCCUGUUUUCCAGUCUUGGAAAUAAGUCUUGAAAACUGGGCCAGUACUGGUUUAGAAAUGUUCACUAGAUUUCUGCUAUACAACCUAUAGUAAAAUCCAUGAAAAUACUGAGUAAAUUUACUAGUCCCAGCCUGGCGGACGGGCUCCUAUAUACAAUAUUGUGUUCUGUCUCGCUGUCUCUGCAUGAAUAGACAGGUCCAAUUGUUUGCAAGAGCAGUAGAAAUGUGAAUAACCUGUACUGAAUUUGCUGUAGUUGAUACUCUUCACGGACAUUCAAUAAUCAAAGUCUGCUGAGGAUGCAAAUUAGAACUAGUGCGUGAUAAAUUAAAAAGAGUCAUAUGAAUGUGGCCCAUGUGAAGUGUCAAAGUAUUAUUAGCUCUUGCACAUGCUGCGAACAAAUGUACAUGUAGUGUGUUCUGUUGUGAGGUGAUUGUAUCUUUUUUUUAUAUAAUGCAAUUGUCGAUUAAUGUUGCGAUACAAUGGGCUAAGAACCAUUUUCGGUAACAUAUUUCUGCAAAGCCAACAUUUCGGGGUGCAUGCUUGUGAACCCACAUACAAAUCGUGUGAGUUACACGGAACUAGCAACAAUAUCAAGCGUUGGUGUGUUAUCCUGUUAUCUUACUCAGUUGCAAGAACACAAACCCUAAACAAACGUUUUAUGUGCACUUGAUACUCUUGAUAUGGUAUGUAGUACAAAAUAGGUUAGCUGUAAACAGGAGCAGAGUCUUGUGUGCUUCCGUAUAGAACUCGAUGAAUAAAUGUCAAUAAAUCGCUCGGAAAAAAUUUACAAAUAAACUCUGUACUGACGUUCAA